AUGUCAUUUUCAUCAUCAAGCAAUGCCUACAACGUUCCAUGGGUAGAAAAGUAUCAUCCCAUCAAGGUCGCCGACGCUGUCGUCAAUGAGGACGCCGUCUCCAGGCUCCAAGUCAUCGCUCGCAACAACAACAUGCCCAAUCUCAUUUUAUCUGGUCCUCCAAGAACUAUCAAAACCACUACCAUUCUCGCUCUCAUGCACAAGCUUCUUGGAGGACCAAAUUGCAAGGAAGCUAUUCUCGAACUAAAUGCUUCAGAUGAAAGUUUUGCUCUGGAAAUUGCUUCUGGGAUAUCAAAGAUGUUUUCUCAGAAGAAAGUCACGCUGAGCCUGGGGAGGCACAAGAUAGUGAUACUGGAUGAAGCUGAUAGGUUGAUUGAACUCUUUCAUCAUUUCUCUCUUCAAGCGUUCUGUGUUCUUUGCGACCUAAAGCCAGCAACCAGGAAUGGCAUUAAAUCGCAAGCAAUGGUUCUUGCUGCUUCCGAUGGUGAUCGCACCAAGGAACCUGAUUCGGUUGGCAAUGCCAAAGCUCAUGGAAGCUGA